AUGGACUCUCCAGACACACUCACAGCGGCAGGUCCGUCUUGCGGCCUAGGUUUGGGGCAUCAUUUGACUCUCCAGACACACUCAGAGCGGCAGGUCCGUCUUGCGGCUUAGCAGUUGAUGCAAGGCGGGUGGCGCAGCCAGUCUCGCAGCUUCGAAGUCCUGUAGGGCAUUGCAGAACACCCUCCCCCCCCUUUGAACAGGCGGGCGUCAUCUUGGUCUACAACAGCACCAUUACCAGCCUGGAUCUGGACACACAAACCCUGUUGGAUGGGCAUAAGAGGGAAAACGCAAAGCAACUCCACUUACCUAAGAUAGCGGCUGCAUGCACAACGACAACUCCUGCAAACUAUUUUGACUCCAUACACCACAGUGGCAAGCUGCUAACACCACAGUGGCAAGCUGCUCAGCUCUGUGCAGCAUUCAGGUGGCAAAUACCAGAGAGGCUGGCAGAAGGCGUUAGAGUGGCGAUAACACCGCAGCGGCCAUCCCCCCAACAGCAACAGUUGAGAGGAGGGCAAUCUGCGACCCCCGUUGAUAAGCCCAAUCUCGCUCGAGAUCAAGGGAACGACAGACAGAACAUGGAGGCUGUCACACAGCUGGACGAAGCCUUGCCCUGGCCCUUUUACCCCGGACUCACUCAUCAAGCUACAAGAGUUGGCGUGGAGUGA